AUGUUUGGUAGAGGACCGAAGAAGAGCGACAACACCAGGUACUAUGAGAUUUUGGGUGUCUCGAAAAACGCUUCACCGGAGGAUUUGAAGAAGGCUUAUAAGAAAGCUGCUAUCAAGAACCAUCCCGAUAAAGGUGGCGAUCCUGAGAAGUUCAAAGAGUUAGCACAUGCUUAUGAAGUGUUAAGUGACCCGGAGAAGCGUGAGAUCUAUGAUCAGUUUGGUGAGGAUGCACUCAAGGAAGGAAUGGGUGGUGGUGGUCCUGCCCAUGACCCAUUUGACAUCUUCCAAUCUUUCUUUGGUGGAAGCCCAUUUGGAGGUGGCAGCAGCAGAGGAAGAAGGCAGAGACGUGGUGAAGAUGUGGUUCAUCCAUUGAAGGUUUCUCUGGAGGAUCUUUACCUUGGAACAUCAAAGAAACUAUCCCUUUCCCGCAAUGUGAUAUGUUCAAAGUGUAAUGGCAAAGGGUCCAAGUCUGGAAAUUCAACAAAAUGUGGUGGUUGUGGGGGUUCUGGUAUGAAGGUUUCCAUCAGACAUCUUGGACCCUCUAUGAUUCAGCAAAUGCAGCAUCCUUGCAAUGAAUGUAAGGGCACUGGUGAGAUCAUAAGUGAUAAGGAUCGAUGCCCACAAUGCAAGGGAGAGAAAGUAGUCCUGGAGAAGAAGGUGCUUGAGGUGAUUGUGGAGAAAGGUAUGCAGAAUGGACAGAAGAUCACAUUCCCUGGAGAAGCAGAUGAGGCGCCUGACACAGUGACUGGAGAUAUAGUCUUUGUUCUCCAACAAAAGGAGCAUCCCAAGUUCAAGAGAAAGGGAGAGGACCUGUUUUUUGAGCACACACUGAGUCUCACAGAGGCACUGUGUGGCUUCCAGUUUGUAUUAACACACUUGGAUGGCAGGCAGCUUCUAAUCAAAACUAACCCAGGGGAAGUUGUGAAGCCUGAUUCAUUCAAGGCCAUCAAUGAAGAGGGAAUGCCAUUGUACCAACGACCGUUCAUGAAGGGUAAGCUGUACAUUCACUUCACCGUAGACUUCCCUGACUUCCUCACCCCAGAUCAGAUUAAAGCACUAGAGGCUGUAUUGCCACCGCGGCCAUUGAGUCAGAUGACGGACAUGGAGCUAGACGAAUGUGAGGAGACCACACUGCAUGAUGUGAACAUCGAAGAGGAGAUGCGGAGGAAGCAACAACAAGCUCAGCAGGAGGCAUAUGACGAAGACGAAGAGGUACAUGGUGGUGCCCAGCGUGUCCAGUGUGCCCAGCAGUAAACGAUAAUGAAGAAAAUUAUUUGUCAUAGAGUAGUUAGCAACUGUGAGUAAAACUUAAAACUGGGAAGUCUGGUAUCUUGCAUGCCUGUUUGCAAGAAGUAACUUCAUGGGUAAAGGUGUUCUGGAGGAAGUUGAUUUUGUUGACAAUGAUGCUUCUGUAAUGGCUUUCCCCGACAGUGAUAUGAUGAUUUCAAUACAAUUUGCUUUUUGCUUUC